CCGGCGGAGCCCCUGGUCCUUGCAAUUGAUGGCCAUAAGGGAGGGAGUGCGCCAGACGCCGGCUCUUAGAAUCGAGCGCAUCCAACCCGAGGUGGGUUGGAAUUCGUUCCCCUUCCGGUCUUCCCUUGCGUCUCGUCGCCUGCUUCGGCACGGGGUGGUUAGGGUUUGCGGGCACACCUCCACCAGAGCCGUCCGUCCGUCCCACUUCUCGUCCCAACGUCAUACUGAUACUGCACUUCCAAACAAGCGAGCUCCGACGGGUUCGACCCGCGUCCAGUGGUCAAACCUACCCUCCGACGUGGGACCCACAAAGGCCCUGUCCGAACCCAUCAGGCGAGCGGCAUGAGUGGGCGCCGGCCCACGGAGUGGAGCUCACAUGACGACCUGCGUCACGAUCCAGUUGGCCUCUUAUGAUUGGCCGGAAGCUUUACAGAUCGAGCAGCAAGGAAAGGUGAGCGCUCGGGCUUCCAGCAUCGGGUAGAUGAAGCCGUUAAAAGGAAAUGAAAAGCCCUUCGGGGAGAGCAGAGGGUUCUGCGGGGGUUUUAGGCAGAAGAGACGUGAGCAUUGGGCGAGAGAGACGAUACCAAAAGGUUAGGGUUCCGACGGCCUUUACGAAGAAGCAAAAGCAAGGAAAAGCGAAGAUUUGGGAAGGAGGAGGGCAAAAGAUGGCUGGUGUCAAGAAGAAUAGUGAGAUCCGGAAGGACAGCGCAAGGCAGUGCUCUCCCGGGAAAAAGCUCUCCUUCUCCUCCUCUUCUUCUUUUCCUUCUUGUUCCGACCCGUCUUCUUUCUUUAAGAUCAUGCUCGGUAAUUUCAGAGACUUCUUGCUCAUACCACCAAGAUUCGCUGAUAGAUUAGUUGGCUUAGUCAAUCAGAAUGUAUGUCUUGAAGAUCUUCAUGGAAGCUCUUCUAGUGUUAAAAUAUCUAUGGUUGAUGGUUCAUUGGCUUUUAAAGGAGGAUGGCGUGAUUUUGUGUUGGAUCAUUCCAUUGAUGUUGGGGAGUUUUUGGUGUUCAAGCAUGUCAGUAAAUCAUUGUUUUUUGUUCAAAUGUUUGGAAUCGAUGCUUGUGAAAGGGUACAAUUUGGCGAAAGAAACAGCAAACAAUUAUGCACAAAGAAGACUAUUAAGGCAGAUUUAUCUCUUGAAAGGUCUCAGCUGCAUAAAAGGCUCAAAACCUUUGAAGCAUCGAAAGAUGAAUAUUGUCCUGCUAAGAAAGAUCUGCAGAAGAUACAUGAUUCUUCUGUUAGAAUUGUAGAAGGUGAAUGUGUUGUUAAAGUUGUGGUAGAACCUGGUGGUGAACCUGAAAAAGCUCCUCAACAUCACCAUGAUCCUGGAAGUCCACAGAUUGCAGAGGUCAAGGACCUAACUGGACCACUGGUCAACAUGAUCAGUCGACAAGUUGUAGAGGAACCCCAAAAAGAAGCUUCUGUUGAACAAUUCAAAACUUGUGUUGGAGUUUCUGUUGAACGAGCCAAAACUGGGAUUCAUUUGGACAAUAUGUCGACAUUCCCAUUGGUUGAAAGAAACUUAUUGGAUCAUGAAGAUAGCCAUGGCAAAUCCCAAACUGCACCUACAGUUGCUUUCAGAAGUUCUGGGACCAACAAACGGAGUAUUUGCUGUUUGGGCUCCCCACUGCCACUAAAUGCAAAUGAGAAUUUUCUAGCAGGAGAACAGGAAGAAAACAUAAUCCAGAAGAUAGGUUUGAACGGACACCAGACUCCUGGAGUUAUGGGUGCAAACACGGUUGCAUCUGAGGAGGUUGCUUGCAAAUUUCUUCUCACAGAGGAAGGCAUAUGCCACAUUGUCAAUGAAGAUCAGAAGAACGGAUGCGGUGCAGUUUCAGUAACCCCUGUUAGUUUAACUGCCACUGAAAUUGGUACUUGCAUAAGCUGCAAUUACAGUGACACCAUGUCUAAAGAUGCCUUCUCUCAUCUCGAAAGUGUUUGUGAAAAUGGUCAUGUGCCAGGCAAUGGUAUGCAUGCAUGCAGCAAGACUAUGCAUGCAUGUGAAGAUAGUGGAAAUACCCCCGGCUUUUUAUCCAGAAAAGAAUUGUCUUCAUCGGUUGGAAGUGUCGGACGUAUACUACGGAAUGUGCUUGGUACAAACACUGCUGUGGGAAAUAAAUUCCAAUCUGUGCCUGAUACCGUUCCAGUAGAGGACAAGGAGGAGAAUGCUUUCUGCUUGAGAAGCCAAAAUCUUAAAGCCGUUAAGAUCGAAAACAUGGAUUUAGAUAACCUGUCUUCGGCAACUCUUUUCUGCUUCAGCUUAACCUUAUCAUCCAACACUAGGUGCUUGCUCGAGUUGCCCCAAAAGUUGCCAGUUAACAAUGGCAAGAAAAGACAAAAAGUGAUAAUUCUCCUGGAUCCAUCCCACAGAUCAUGGCCUGUCAUGUACCAUGAGAGCACCUGGUUUAUAGGCUUCACAAGUGGGUGGAAUGAAUUUGCAACAGUAAACAGCCUUCAGCGGGGAAGUCUGUGCGAGUUCUUUGUGGUAGCUGGCAAGUUUGAGCCUACGUUUCAAGUUCAGAUGAGUCAACAUUAGAUAUCAAGAAGUUCAAGUAAAUUCUAGUACUUGCAUACAUGACCCCAUAUGUGUCCUGAACAUAUGGGUUGUUUAUACUAGCAUUUUGGUCAUAGUAUUUGUUAAGUGUCUUAUGUUCACUCCUGUUUUGCUUACUCAAUGGGUAUUUUGAAAAUGGAUUACACCACCCAGCACAAAAUGCAACAUUUCUGGCACACUCAAACGAAAUUACCAACCAAAUAUAUUUGGUUAUGUUUUGAUA